AUGCUAAAGUCUAUUUUAAAGAUAUAUCCUUUAAGGCGACAAUUUUGUAGCUCGAAUAUUUUAUGGAAUGGGAACUAUUCUCAUCUAAAACUUACCUUUUUUGGGAAACCAAGUUGUGGGUUAUGUGAUAAUGCUAAGGAAGUCAUUGAUGAUGUUUUAAACGAAAAUGAAGAGUUUUCUAAAGCAGGAAUAGCUAUGAAAAUAAUUAAUAUCAAUAAAUAUAAGCAUUGGUGGGAUAGAUAUUGUUUUGAUAUUCCAGUUUUACAUAUCGAAAAUGACAAUGAACCCAAUUCAUUGAUUAAGAUAAUGCAUUUUUUUAAAGAAGACGAACUAAUCGAAACAUUAAAACAUUUUAAAAGGUAA